CCGGGCUGCUGCAGGAUGCGCCUCGCGGCCGCGGCCCGGCUGUGGGGCCCGCCGGGGCUGCUCCUGACCUUCGCCCUGCACCCGGCGCUGUGCCUGCGGCCGGGCCGGACCGCGGCUCCCCCGCACCGGGACUACUGCGUGCUGGGCGCCGGGCCCGCGGGGCUGCAGAUGGCCUACUUCUUGCAGCGGGCCGGGAGGGACUACGCCGUGUUCGAGCGCGCCCCGCGGCCCGGCAGCUUCUUCGCGCGCUACCCGCGCCACCGCAGGCUCAUCAGCAUCAACAAGCGGCACACGGGCAAGGCCAACGCCGAGUUCAACCUGCGCCACGACUGGAACUCUCUGCUCAGCCACGACCCGCAGCUGCUCUUCAGACACUACUCCCGCGCCUACUUCCCCGACGCGGGCGACAUGGUGCGCUACCUGGGCGACUUCGCAGACCGGCUGCGGCUGCGCGUGCUCUACAACACCACCAUUGCCCACGUCACUCUGGACAAGGACCGGCAGGCCUGGAAUGGCCAUUACUUCAUCCUGACCGACCAGACGGGCCAGGCACACCGGUGCAGUGUGCUUCUGGUAGCCACUGGUUUGUGGGUCCCCAACCAGGUUGACUUUCCUGGCUCUGAACACGUGGAGGGUUAUGAGUCUGUGUCCGUGGACCCCAGGGACUUCGAGGGUCAAAAUGUGCUGAUCCUGGGGCGUGGGAACUCUGCCUUUGAGACGGCAGAGAACAUCUUGGGUGUCACCAACUUCAUCCACAUGCUGAGCCGCUCCCGGGUCCGGCUAUCCUGGGCCACCCACUACGUUGGAGACCUCAGGGCCAUCAACAAUGGCCUGCUGGACACCUACCAGCUGAAGUCCUUGGAUGGGUUGCUUGAGUCCGACCUGACAGAUCUGGCCGUCGUGAAGGACCAUGAGGGCAAGUUCCGCAUCACCCUGAAGUUCUUUCUGGAGGAAAGCAACCAGAGUGCCGACGCCAUCACCCUCCCCCAGGAUGACAACGACAACUUUGCCAUGCGUGUGGCUUAUGACCGGGUCAUCCGCUGCCUGGGCUGGAAGUUCGACUUCUCCAUUUUCAAUAAGUCCCUCAGAUUGUCCUCCAGUGGUGAGUUCAGCAAGAAGUACCCACUGGUCAAAGCUAGCUAUGAAUCCAAAGGAAGCCGGGGUCUCUUUGUCCUGGGCACCGCCAGCCACUCUGUGGAUUACCGGAAAUCUGCUGGGGGCUUCAUCCAUGGAUUCCGAUACACAGUGCGUGCUGUUCACCGCCUGCUGGAGCACCGCCACCACCACAUCCCCUGGCCUUCCACCGAGCACCCCAUCUCACAGCUGACCAACUCCAUCGUCCGGCGCGUGAACGAGGCUUCUGGGCUCUACCAGAUGUUCAGCGUGCUGGCCGACAUCAUCCUGUUGAAGGAGAACGCCACAGCCUUUGAGUACCUGGAGGAGUUUCCCAUGCAGAUGCUGGCGCAGCUGGAGACCAUCACAGGAAGGAAGGCCCAGCACGGGCUCUUCGUCAUCAACAUGGAGUACGGCAGAAACUUCUCUGGGCCUGACAAGGACGUCUUCUUUUAUGACCGGUCUGUGGGGCACACAGAAGACGCCUGGCAGUCUAACUUCCUCCAUCCCGUCAUCUACUACUACCGGCACCUCCCCACCGAGCAGGAGGUGAGGUUCCGCCCUGCUGACUGGGCCCUGCCUCGGCCCACGGCCAUCCACCACAUUGUGGAAGAUUUCCUGACCGACUGGACCGCCCCAGUGGGGCACAUCCUACCUCUGAGGCGCUUCCUGGAGAACUGUCUGGACACUGAUUUGCGAAGCUUCUAUGCAGAAUCCUGCUUCCUGUUUGCCCUAACACACCAGAAGCUGCCACCCUUCUGCCAGCAAGGGUACCUGAGAAUGCAGGGGCUCAUGGGUACCGAGAGCCUCCGGCGGCACGGAAUAGAGAGCGGGCUCCUGCGGGACUAUGCCACCGUGGGCAGGCCCCGGGAGGAUGGGGGCCAGCGGCCAGUGGGUAGCUCCCCAGCCCCAGGGCUUCCGGUCCAGCCCCUCGACGGCAACAAGGAGGAGCUCUGACAGCCAUGCUACUCCCACCCAGGCCCACAGCCAGCCCCUCUGUCCCACCGACACAUGGUUGCCAAAGACCAUUCAGGUCUUCACAGUGACCAGACCACACGGAGAGCGUGUCGAGGUGGAGGGGUGGCCGUGCAGCGGUCUCCCCUCUGGUCCGGUCCUUCAGUGCGUAGGAGGCGGGGUCCAGGGAAGGGCAUCACCUGCCAGGUAGAGCCGCCUUCCACAAGCCAGGCUUGUCUGCAAGUAAACUGCCACUGAGCACCCGGCUCUCACCCUGGCUCGGUUCUCUCCCCAUCAUGUGCCCAGCAGUCCCAUUUCCUUCUGGUCCACUCUUCAGAUGAACCGGGAUCCUGCCUGCCCGUGGGCCAUGGCACAGGUGGAGCUGUCCUCAUCUUCAUAAGGGUUUGUGGCAGGCACUUCAAACAGAAGUUCUAAUACCCUCCACCACCUGGGGUGGGUGGGACUGUCACCCCUGAUGAAGACAGCUCAGAGAAGUUAGGCGACUCCAGGGGUCCGGCCAGGCGUCCCUAGCCCCAUCCCACAGCCCCGAGGCCUGUGCCACUCUGCUCACCUGACCAGUCUGCCUUUCCCCGCCCCCACCCGUUUCCAGAAGCCAUGAAGGUGGGGGCAGCCCUGCUUAUCAUCACAGGCCUGGCUGCUGUCACCAGACAGAAAUAGGACGGCUCCCGCAAGGCCACCUUAUCUAAGGUUUCUGCCUCAGCAGCAGCACUGAGGGGCUCCCGCCCCACAACUGCACUCCCUGGCUUCAAUCUUCAACAUCUGCGUCUUCUCUCUCCUACUGGGCACCUUGCCCUGCCCCUGCCCUCCGGCUUCCUGCACAACGCCGUGCCCCUGGUCUGCCCGAGCAAGUUUUUAAGACUGUCACCAUGCCGUCCUUCAGUGAGGAUCUUUUCCAAGGUGGUUCGCUGGCUGUUUGUACAGAGCCCGGCUCAGCGUGGGCAAGGAGGCGUUUCUAACUGCAUUUCCUGGUUACUCCAGCCCUUCUCACUCUCUCCCUUGCCAGGACUCUGCUGCCUUCCUACACACUCCCAUCAGGCACUCUUGACCCAUUUAGGAGUAGGCUGCGGAAAGCAUUUGUACAUGAAAUAACUGAUGAUCACUUUCUCACCGGUUCUGCGGGGCCCUGUAUCCACUCAGAAUUCAAGGGAUGCAGCUCUCUGGAUCCACGUUUCUGGAAACGUCCUCUUCCUCCUGGCCUCAACCACUGGGCCCCACGACCUAUGUGCAAACACCUCUCCCUCCAGCCGCGUGCAGUUGUAGCAGUGACACUCGACAGCCUGAGCCUGUCCAGAGGUGCUUACCCUGUAACAGUACUUGGCAUAGUUUCCCCAGGGCCGAAACAUGUAAAGAUGUCUCCCUAAAUCCAGAAAGCUGGAUUCACCAUAUGCAUAAAGAUGAUACAUAAACCAGAUUCGGGCCCCUUCAGCCCCCCACCCUUCCUUUCCCAAGACCUUUUUCAAAACAAAUCUCUUCACUAGGACUGUUCCCAUAAUGUCAAGCCCUGUGCUACGCACAUCACACCUCCCAGCCACUGAAGGCAGCUAAGCGCCCUGUGCCCAUCAAGUUGGAGGUCCUGCAACAAAUAAUUCACGAAUGCCCAACUAUGUGACAUCUGCUGCUUCUCCCAUCAUCUGCCAUGUGGUUAAUUGUACCAACAUUUCAGCCAGCCUUCUUUGUGUUUCCUUAGACAUGGUUCCAUGGUUCAGCUGAUCAGAGAUGCCUUCCCUGGUUCUCCUUGUACAACCAGGCAGCAAUUUGGAAAAGAAAAUAAACCUCGUUUUGCAUCCCUA